CGAUUUUUCGUCAAACAUACGAAUCCUGAAUUAAAUUUGUAAAUUUGCGAAUGCUAAUCGAUUGCCAAUUGAAGUUUCAAACGUUUAUUGUUUAACUUUUGAAAGGGAUCGAAAUAAGGACGGUGUAAAUUUUCAAUCGUUAUAUUUUGAGGUGAUUCAACGACAGCAGUGAUGACGUGACGUGACGGCUAUUAAUAAAAUCAUUAUCUUAGCUCUAUGUUUGUUAGAAAGCGAAAAAUUUGCAGAUGAUGGGGUUUAAAUUUAAGUUAUUGUCCGAACAUUCCUUAUUCAACAGAUUUUGUUGAAUGCAACCCCGAAUAGGAAUAUUGCUACAUCAAAUCUAAUUACUAGAGCAUUUUAACAUCAAUUGUGUUAUUGGUUACGUGAUUGCUUCACUUGGGACUUUAAACGUCGAAAUUGUUCGACCAAGAAAAGAAGCAAGGACACUGACAUUCCAAUGCCGAGGACAAGGAAUGCGCUAGCUAAAUCUGUAAGGUUCAAGCGUCGAAGUUUUUUUGAUCGGUUGUUCUUGGUCGUUUCACAAGGAGAUUUGUUCCCUAGAAAAUAUUUCUUGCGCCAAUGUGCAACAAGUCCCGUUUGAUACAGUUCCAGGACUCUACAUUAUUAUGAUAAUUAAUAAGUCAGAAAUGCUUGGCCCACAUUCUAAUAAUUCUAGAAUUAUUAUGAAAACUUACCCUUGAUUGAUUGCAUUUCUGUAAAGGCUCUUCUUUAUUAGAAGCAAACCUGUAAAUCCAUAGCCUCUUUUUUGCAUCACCAGGUGGACCCGACACUUUCCAGUUUCCUGAAAAUCUUUGCCAAUGCUGAAUUUCAAAAAAUUCACCAACUAAAUAUGAUUGAAAAUUAAGUAUUUCUCUCCACUAAUAAAAAAAAAACUUUUUUUGUACGUACAUCAUUAUAGGCACAACAUCCCGACGCAACUUUCCGAAAAGCAGUUUCUUGAUCAGGAACAAAAUUCUCAGGAUGGCGACGAAAUAUGUCGCCCAUUUUCUUCAACGGCCCGCUCCUGGCGCUCUGUUCCCAAAUGAAAAAGAUCAACGAAUGAAUAACGGAAAAAUCUUCGCAAUGCGGAAAAUACCAAAAUCAACUCGCGUCCAAAACCGUCAGCUACAGCAAGGUAAGCCAGAACUCCUUGUUCCAUAACUUCGAUAGGAUCUACGGGUGGAUUGCUCGUCUUCCUAGCAGUGAUGUGGGCCGUGAGAGUACUGCUGUACACGUUGACCAUAACCAAGGCAAACAGGCACCAAACCCCAGCCGUCAAACGGAAUGAAAUUCGUGAUUGCUGGAUUGGUUGCCAAAACACGGACCCUUUUUUAAAUAAUGGAAACAGAAUAGUGCGUGAACACCUCUCGGAGUUCCGACAAUUAAUGCUAGCGGCUAGCUGUAGAAUGGUUUAUACCUUGGUUUGUCAAAAUAGCUGUAGCGUACAAGACAUAAUCACCAAUAUUAAGCGACCUCGUGUUCCUAACCAAGCGAUCAAAGUUUAACCGGUUUAACUUUGAUGAUGCGGAGAAGUAGAUGGCCACUGACAUCAAGGAGAUGAGCACCAUUAACCACACCUUUUGGAAUAAUUGUUGGAGAAAAAAUUACGGAAAAUUUAUCUAUGUGGGUCAGAAAAUAUUUACGAUUGGUUGAAAUGGUUUGAUGGUCGAUAGAAUCGUGCUCUCUUCAGUCAAAGCGGGAAUAAUCAUAGCGCUGUUUUCCUCUUCGAAGACGCCCACGUAAUCAAAUAACUGGAUGCGUCCAAGCAUCAUUAGAACUGGUGGUCCCACUACAUCAAAUUCCUUUUGAGCGAAAGAUAAUACUUCAAUAUUUGAAGAGACAUGGGUCUUAUGGAAUGUCAUAUACCCCACGCUGUAGUCGACCAGAUGUCUCUGCCCAUGCUUCUUUUGAUUGUAUAAGGUUAUAACUUGGAAUAUAUUAGAAAACAUUUAAUUUAAAGAAGUUAUCGUCAUAUCACUGGUCUUAGUCGAGAACAAUAAUUACGAGAAAUUCAGACGUCUCGAGAGCCAUUCGAUAGCGUCAACCCAACUCCCUUGGAACGUUUGAUUGUUAGUAUGCGUCGUAUUUCUAGCCAUAAAAUGCGGAGGCCUCUGUUAUUAUCAGGAAUGAAAUGUGUCGAAUAAUCAGUUAAAUUUUCAUCGAAAGAAUCCAUUUAGUACUUAAAGCAGGAAAAGUAAAAUGAUAUAGCGUAAUACCUCCAGCAUUCCAAAUUUCAAGAGAUGCUGAUGAGAGUUCACAAGCAAUCCAUUUAAGUGGAGAAAUAGAAUUUGAAGCUUCAUAUUUCUGGUUCAGCCUGUGCAUGAAAUUCGGUAGAAACCAGGCCUCCAACUGGAUUUAAAUAUCUUCCUUGAAUCUUAUAUAGGCUAGCCUUGAUUUAUGAAACGAAUCUUACGCACACAAAUUUCGAAUUCAGUAUUCUGCUAGGAAUCAAUCGAUUGAUGUCCAUCAUUUCUUUUUUAUUUGUUCAGUAAAGGGAAAUUGUUACUAAAUUGAAUAUGCCAGCAACAGAGUAGGCCUAGACUUCGGUAGACUUUCAGUUUAGAUUGCAUAUCGUCAUGGUUACGGUUUGUACAUUGACAGUCAUCUGUCACGUGCAUUAACAACGAUUUUGUUGAAUUGGGAGACAGGUCCGGCCUCCUUUUUGAACAAAAGAUAAUCAUCAGUAAUAAAUUUUUUACAGCCAUACAACGCGGAGGUAUCUGCCAAUGAGGGGAAAAAAUGCGUUUGCUACAAUGCAGAUUCGGAUAGGGAAAUUUUCUUAGGAAGAUUUUAUACCUCAAGUGUUCCGAAAUUUAGAAAUAAGGGCCGUUGAAGGUGUACUUGCAAUAUGUUCAGGAAAAGAACAAAAAUGUGAAACAAUAUAAUUUUACAAAAACAAAUUACUUUUUGUAUAACGAUUCUCAACUAUUGCACUCUAAAAAUGGUUUAAUUGCUGAUCGAACGUCGUUAGCCUACUAAUCGACGAUUGCUGUAUUCUUUAAAAGAGAUGAUCAUUGGUAUCAAUAUUGAAAUUUAACACUGUAGUUGGUGACACAAAUAGGGCUAUUCCAGAAAAAUCUAUUCUUGCUUUACUGAAGAUGUGGGAAGUGUAAUUAAAUAUUCCAUAUUAACUUCAAUAUACUUUCAAGCUUCAGCCUCAGCGAUGUGUUUUACACAUAUUACAUUUGAACCCACCGUAGAAUGUAGAAUCCUCCAAGUAGAACAUCUUAUUAAAUAUGUCAUUCAUUUUUAGGGUUUGACCUAGCCCGUAUGUUUUAACGAAGUAAACAAUUCUUAUUCUCACUCACAUUUUCAUAUUGACAGUCAAAUAUAUCGGAAUAUCCAUCCAUACUUGGCUGAAUUCUCGUGAAAAGAAAAACUAAAUACUUGCUUUAUGUACGAUUGAAAUUUUAGCUGCCGCUGCCGUUAUCUAAAUUCUAAAAUUACAUUAUUAUUUUUUAAUCGACACUAAUUUACACUUCAUCAUAAAAGGCUGGAAAAACAUAAAUCGCGUGGUCGAUUAUGUAUCGAUUACUUAAUCGAUUAAAUCGAUUAGAUUUUGAACACCGUUGACCUUGACCGUUUAAAAAGCUGCACGCUGCAGAUUUCAGAAAUCAUCACAUUGCUGAACAGUCUUGAAGCCAACAGAGGUGAUUCCUUGGAGUGGUCAUUGUUUUUGUAGCUAUUGCUCAAAACUCAAAUCCACAAAUAACAUAAGAAAACAUCACUAACAAUGGAACAAGUUUCCCUGAGAGAACCAAGUUCUGCUAAAAAAGAAAAGACUUUUGUCAGUGUGUUUCAUGAGCUUUGUCAAAAAUUUGAGUUUGGAGUAGCCAAGUAUAGCUUGGCGGCUGAGCUAGGUGAUCCCCACAGUCGAACUUUCUUGAUGAAUUUGACUGUAGACAUUUUGGGCAUUACAGUUCAAGGCGUUGGCUUAACAAAGAUGCAAGCAAAGCAUGAUGCUGCCUAUAAAAUGAUGUUUCAAAUCAGGGAGACUUAUCAAGCCGAUGGAACUCUCAACACUGUCCCCAGAGUAAAACUCGUGAACUGCUGUGAAUGGCUGGAAAAAUUGGGAACACUAAAGGAAGACAUACCCAAACCACCAACAGAACCAACUCUAAAUCCAUCUGGGGUUCUCUCAGAAUGGCGCUUCACCAGACACAGCACUCUUCCUGAAUACAGGGUUGUUCGAACUUCAGGUCCUUCCCACUCCAAAACAUAUUUUAUGACUUGCAAGCUUAGUGAUCGUGUCACAGAAGGUGAGGGAAAGUCAAAGAAGGCUGCCAAAAAUGACGCUGCCCAAAAAAUGCUCCAAAUUCUGGAAGACGAAGAGUUGUAAUAGCUUUUCCGAGAAACGUGAUUUCAAAGUGGGGUUGGAUAUGGAAAACGAUGAACUUGUAAAAAUUUGUCCCGUUCAGUUCUUGCAUUUAGGGCCUACACAUUUUCGCUGUAGUAGAGGUAAAGCAACAUUCAUGUUGAUUGUUUAAAUUGAAAUAUGGACUCGUGGCCUUGUAAUUUUGCUGUACGUAUGUAAAAUAUUAACGGUGCUUACCAUUCUA